CUUGUCCACUCUGUUCUCGACGGAGAAGGGAUCACCCUCAGUAUAAAUUUCACGUCCUUAUGAAGGCCAGACCCCCAGUUGAUCAGUUUAGUUUAUCGGCUUAAUUCUUUUUAAUCUUUAUAUCUGUAUCGUGUUUCCCACGGGGCCCCGGACGCCCACUUAAUAUCAACCUACCUAAUUCAUAUCUAUAUUCAUAAUGUAUUUCAAGACUCCCUUUGCUUUAACGGCGUUAUGCGCUGCCAUCACGUCCGCAAUCACCAUUGACGAACCCCACGGCGGCUCCGAGCUAGACUUCAGCCAAAAUACCACCAUCAAAUGGACCACAGAAUCCUCUGACCCUACCUCCUUCGAUAUCAACCUCAUCAACGAGGACGCCCGCGUCUUCGUAACAAUCGCCCACGGCGUUGACCCGAAAAAGGGCGAAUUCACAUUCCACGACGUCAACACCACCGCGACCGAUGGCUAUUCCUUCCGAUUCAUCUCCUUCGACGAGCACGGACGGACACUAGCCGACUCGGAGUCGUUCAGCGUCGUCCCCAAUAACGAUGGUUCGCACUUGACGAGUAAGGACGAGUCCUCCUCUUCCGGUACGAGAGUCGGGUUGGAGGCUCCCGCCGUUUUGUUGGCCGGGGGUCUCGCCGUGGCCCAGCUGUUGGCUUGGGCGCUGUAGAUCACUAGAUUCUUGUGAUGAAACUUGCGUCGUAUUGGAUGUGAUGUGUAUGGCGAUGCAAACGCUGGAUACGUGUUAUGUGUCUUGUUUCUUAUGUCUGCUGGGUCAGAGCAGUUGCGUACUAGUAUAUAGAAUGACG